AUGAUGACGACGUUUCCCCGACUUCUCCUCGCCGCGACCUUCCUGGCGUCGGCGGACGCCUUUGGGUAUAUCAUCCCGCCGGAGACGACCACUACGGCGGCGCCCCCCGUGGAGACGACCACUACGGCGGCGCCCGCCGGAGCGCAGGCGAAGGUGACGACGUCGCUCUUCAUGACGGGGCUCUCGGCCUCGGACGUGAACGAGGACGCGGACGUGCGGGCGGCGCUCAAGGCGACGAUCAUCUCGUUGGGCGGCUACGACGAUGUGUCGAACAUCGUGGCCGAGAGCACGUCGACCCGGCGGCGGCUCCAGGACGAGGACGGCGCCAAAGUCUCGUUCAACGCCACCAUCUUCGCGGACGACGUCUCGGCCGCGGAGGACGCGGCGGCCGAGGCGACGAACGCGCUCCAAGAGGCCGUGGAGAGCGGCAAGUUCCUCCCAGAGCUUAAGGCGCAGGCCGCCGAGCGGUCUCCCGAGGCAGCGGACGCGCUCGAAGGCGCCGGCGUGGACAAGGAGAAGACGCUCGACGCGCUCGCCGAAGCGACCGUUACGGUGGAG